CGCUUCAAAGCACCGAGAAACCGGAACAUUUUGUCGACGAACCGAAAAGGUCGACAACAUGACAAAGAAGUUCGAGUUCAAUUGGCGGGUCGAAGUGCCGGAACUGCUGAGAAACGGUUCGACGUUCGAUCGGUGGUUCGAAGACAAGGAAACGACGGAGUACGAACCGAACUGCUUAUUCAAAGUCGACGAGUAUGGGUUCUUUGUCUAUUGGAAGAGCGACGGCAAGGACGGUGACGUGAUAGAAUUGGCUCAAGUGAGUGACAUUCGUUAUGGCGGCACUCCGAAGGAUCCUAAGUUGUGUAAUAAAAUAAGUAAACACGGGUCGAUGGACGAUAUAGAUCAGAAAAGCUUAACCAUAUGCUCGGGUAUCGACUAUACUAAUAUCCAUUAUCAGCACGUUGUCUGUGCAGACGCACAAACUGCCAAGGACUGGCAAGCUGGUUUACGAUUAAUCACGCACAACACGAAAGCUUCAAACGUUUGUCCAACUAUACAAUUGAUGAAACAUUGGAUGAGGUUGAGCUUCCAAGUGGAUCCAAAAGGAAAAGUGCCGGUGAAAGUUAUAUCGAAGACUUUCGCCUCUGGGAAAACGGAAAAACUCGUUUAUCAAGGACUGGCAGACAUGGGCUUACCUAGUGGAAAGAGCGAUAAAAUCGAGCCGAAAGAUUUCACGUUCGAGAAAUUCAAGAACUUGUACUUCAAAAUCUGCCCAAGGAACGAUAUAGAAGAAUUAUUUCAAUCCAUAACAAAAGGAAAAUCGGAUACGAUCACCCUGGCACAAUUAGUGCAAUUUAUGAACGAGAAACAAAGGGACCCUCGGCUGAACGAAAUUUUAUAUCCACUUUACGACGAGAAACGAUGCACCGAGAUAAUCAACGAUUACGAGAUGGAUGAGAAAGCAAGGGAUUCGAAAUGCUUGACCAAGGAGGGCUUUGUUCGUUAUUUGAUGUCGGACGAAAAUGCACCGGUGUUUUUGGACAAAUUGGAAGAAUGGAUGGACAUGGACCAACCCCUUUCGCAUUAUUACAUCAAUUCCAGCCACAAUACCUAUCUCAGUGGAAGACAAAUCGGUGGUAAGAGUACCGUCGAGAUGUACAGACAAGUUUUGUUAGCUGGUUGCAGGUAAUUAUUGAUUUUCCUUUAUUAGUAAUUUGGUGAAAUUUGAAAUUUU